CACCUCAAUCAAAUCAAGCCCGUUUCUCAAACUAGUCCGCCCAGAAAAGUUCCGUGCGGAGGAAGCUGCUUCCCGGAGCUUACAAUACGCCGCCGUUUAAUUUACUUGUUGAGAUUUGAAUUCAAAAUCAGAUCUCAUUUCUCCCGCUGCUUAAACCUGAAACUCCUCACUUCAUUGUCCGGAAAUCCAGUUAGAUCUUCCCUUUAAAGAUAGUAACAAAAAGAACAAAAAUGAACUCUAUCACUUCACCGGUUAGCUGCACCAUCGAUGACAAGGACCUAGACGACGCCGCAUUAUGGGCUGUUAUCGACUCCGCCGCCGCAUCCCACUCCUCCUCCAAGCACCGCAAACCCUUGGCGAUCAAAUACCACAGCCAUCAAUCCCCUCCCACCCCCGUUUCGGACCCCUCGCCCCCCCGGAAACUUCCCCAGCAAAAGGUUCAGAACCCUAACCAUCAAUUUUAUUCCCCUCCCAGCGCGAAUUGCCGCCGGUUUACUAACUCUGGGGAAGACUGUCACCGGCCGUACAAAAUCGCGAGGUCUUGCGCUUCCGAGGUCAGCGAGACAAGCCCGGUUGCCAUAGUACAGAGGACACCAAUAACCUCUUUGCCGGAGCGGUCGCCGGAGAUGUAUUUGUCUCCGGGUUUCGGAAGAGUUGACGUUAAUGGAUCCGAGGUGUCGCGGGGGAGUAGCGUAAGGAGCGAGGAGAAGGAAGGAAUGAGGCAUAGCUUGUCCGGGAUGUUUCCUUCGGUUGCACUGUUUAAGCAGUAUCAGAAUGCAGCCAUGGCGAUUUUGGAGAAAUCUGAUUAUACGAUGAUAUCAGGAAACCCUUUCAUUAAAAAAUCAGGUUGGAGGAAAAUAUCGUUUUACUUCAACCUCUCCUACGAAAUCAAAGACAAGAACAUUGAAUUCGAUGAAAACCGCAAUGUUCAGCGUGCUGAAUUCGUGGUUCGGGCUUAUAUGCAGGGUGGGAGAUUCUCUGAUGGGUGGGGCUCGUGUGAGCGGAGGGAGAAGAGAUUUCUAAAACCAAACCAUGAUAUCCCUAGUACAGCAGAAACCAGAGCUAAGAACAAAGCAUGUCAGGAUUUGCUAGGAAUUGGGGAGUAUCGUACUGGUGCAAGCCAAUUUCAGCGACAAAUAUAGCCAUUCAUUUUAUCCCGCUCCAUGUUGCAGUUAAUUUCCGAUUAUCACAAGAAUCACCGCCGGAGACAUCCCUUCGCCCCCCAAAAAGUAAUAAUUAAAGAGCAAAGCUUAAAAACCGAUUUCUUUGUGAAAACAACAUAGAACUUAGGCAAAUGGAAUUGCUUCUGAUUCAAAUUUAGUUACCCAUUCAUCCCCCUCCCCCAAAAAAAAAACAAAAAAACAAACAAAAGCGUGAAGGCCCUUAUAAGGGCCAAUAACUCGGCUCUUACACAAAUUCUGAACUCCUAACUUUGGGCUAGGACCCAGCCCACAUUAUACUCAACAUUUAAGAAAAUGGAUGUAUUAUUGUUGUUUUGAUAUUGAUAUGUUUUCCAUUUAUCUA